AGAAAUAUAGAACCCUGAUUGUAAUUUUUCAUAAAUAAUUUCCCUUCUGAACCAUUAAAUCCUAAAACCCUAUAUAGAAAAGCCCUUUCUUUGCUCAGCUGGUCAGCCAGUUGCUCCGCCGUCAACCACCGCGCCGCCGCUGUCCCUCUUCCUCUUUAGUGGAAUUAGGGCAAUAUAACAGGACAACACAAUGAGAUUGGAAAAAUGUUGGUUUUGUUCCUCAACUGUAUAUCCAGGCCACGGUAUUCAAUUUGUUCGAAACGACGCAAAGAUCUUUCGGUUCUGUAGGUCUAAGUGCCACAAAAAUUUUAAGAUGAAGAGGAAUCCACGUAAAGUUAAAUGGACUAAAGCAUAUAGGCGGCUGCAUGGAAAGGACAUGACACAGGACUCAACAUUUGAAUUCGAGAGGAAACGUAAUAGGCCGGAGAGAUAUGACAGGAACGUAACUGAGAACACUUUGAAGGCCAUCAAGAAAAUUGAUAAAAUCAGAGUCGAUAGGGAGGAGAGACAUAUUGCUAAGAGGAUGAAAGGAAAGAAAACCAAGGAGCUGAGAGAAGCAGCGAAGGAGCUCGAGCAGAGCAUUUACUUAGUCCCGGUUCCAGAAAAGCCACCAGUUACACUGCCUGACAAGGUCCCGGUUCCUCCAAAGCAGUCGGAGGAAAAUCGCAUGGAGGAAUGAUUAUUUUGCUUCGUAUACUCUAUAUUCUCAAACUAAAACACAUAUCAUUUCAUGCUUAUUUUUACGGAAUGUGUAAUGUUUUGCUUUCCCCAACUUCCCGAAUUUGUAUGGUUUGGCAACUCAGUCUCGUGAGUAUUGAAACACUCUUAUUAUAAUGAUCAGAACAUAGAAAUUUUGAACUUCCCA